CGCUAUUUGUUACAAAAUUGCAUGUUAACGAAAUAAAACCCUCUUGCGGUUCUUGCUCUUUAUAUUACUAUAAUAUUACCCCAAAUGCAACAUGACCUCUAUUUUAUCUGCAUAUGAGCUCGGACAAGGCUUUCCCGUCCUAAUUAUUCACGGAUGGCAGGCGGAAGGAAAAGUCGAAGAGCUAGAUUUUGAGCCAAUCUUUUGUAAAACACCAGGACUUCUCCGAAUUUACGUGGAUCUUCCAGGCAUGGGCGCCACACCUGCCGAUAAUGUCACAGAUCUCGACGAUAUAUAUCUUCGCUUAGUACAUUUCAUUGAUUCUCGGCUCCAGAAGUUAAGAUUCGUUCUUAUCGGUACCUCAUGUGGCGGCUAUCUUGCACGUGCCAUAGCUCAAAAAUAUCGCGAUCAAGUCGAUGGCUUACUACUACGUGUACCGCUUAUUGAACCCAAAGAUAGCAUGCGAGAUCUUGAUCCUUACACCCCUUUGGUAGAAAACAAGGAACUCAUGUCAAAUGUGCCAACUGAAGACAAGAACCUUCUUGGCAAUGUUCUUGUUCAAACACCUGCUUACAUCAAGACCUUAAAGGCAAAAUAUGAGAAGGUUUACCUUCCGGCAGAGAGAGCAGCAGAUAAAAAAGCGCUGGACCCGAUACGAGAAGAUCCGCAGCGAUAUGAGUUAUCUAACUCUUUGAACGAUAAAAACGCCAAGUUUCUCGCCCCCACCACCCUUAUUAUAUGUGGUCGGCAGGACGAAGUCGUGGGUUACCGAGACAGUAUCCGCCUCCUGGAGCUUUAUCCUCGAUCAACAUAUGCUGUUCUGGAUCGUGGUACUCAUGGCCUUCCUAUAGAUGAGACUGGUGUUUUCGAAGCGCUUGUUCACGAUUGGAUAUUCCGUGUUAAUGAAUGGAGAGGUCGCACAGGUGUAUAGAAGCUAUCGUGUAUGUGAACUUUUAGCUACGAUAAUGCCAGAUUUAACUGCUUAACCAACCUCAU